AUGGCGCGGGUCAGCGCUCGUAUCCGCAACCGCAACUCAUCCACUCCCAAGCGCGUCUCUCUCUCUCACGAUGCUGCAUCACGCACUCCGCGUACAGCGCCAGUCAAGCUCCAAGCACUGCGAGAGUAUGAGGAGAUGCCCGGUGCCUUUCCUGGAUCUUCCUCGCCGCCAGCUGUCGACGUAAACAAGCAGGUCACCACGGUGUCGGUCAAGUUCGAUGCGUCUACCCCGAAGAACAAUACCCCGAUCAAGCCUGCCGAAGAGGAAAUGCACCCACGGCAACACCAGCAGUCGACAGCUAAGCCUCUGGAAGAAGCUCGAUGGCUGGGCUUCUCCAACAUGCAUCCAAACACUGAGCCACCCAAGCAGGCCAGUAAAAUCGCCAUCCUGCAAGGCACUCCAAGCAAGCCAUCCAAGUCUGGUCAUACCCUAGGCUCACCCAAGAUUCGAUUCACUUUUGGGCGAGAGCACUCGCUUGAACUCAGCCCGGAAGCGAAGCAGUUCAUGGACCAGAAGCGUGAGGAGGCGCUCAAGAUCCGCGAGCAGAUGAUUGCGAACGGGGAGGGGCCGAAGGAUGUGGCCGAACUCAAGGCGCGCAAGAUUGCCACGCCCAAGGGCAAGAAGGGCCGAUUCAGCGAGGUGCAUUUGGAGCACUUCAAAAAGCUGGAGUCUAUCGCUGGCCACGCCUCCUCCUUCCGCACCGCGCCAAAGCAUGCAGAUGCCGCCGCAAGCGAAGCCGCAUCCAAUACCAGACCCCUGCAAUCUCAAUCGAUCCCUCAAGAGCCACCCAAGUCUUUGAAGCGCAGUCCGUCCAAAGCCGAGCUAGAUGAAUCGGAUCGAAGGCCAAUGGGCAUCUCACAGUCCAAGCUUCCGACAUCCUCGGCGAAGGUCGCCAACAGCCAUGCUUUAGCUGGUCCCUCCAAGACCCAGCUCACUCAGGCUUCCCCAGAGUCAUCGUCUCCAUCCAAGCGCGUCAAGCGAAGCGAAGACGAGCACGUGUCCACUAGCAGCAAGCCAGCGGCCAAAAACCAAUCGCUGUUACCGCCGGACGCCGGAUCAGCCACUCCAAGCAGAGCCCAUGCGAAGCCUCAAAUCCCGUCGGAAGUCUUCACAUUCGAUUCACCAACACAGGCGUCGGUAGCCCGCGCGGCAAGCAUCAAGGCGGCAAAAACCACCAAGAUCCCGGCUCCUGGACUUCCCACACCUUCCAAGGUGGAGAAGGGCGAGCUCACAGGGCGUAAACCCGAGCCGACAACGCCAUUGCUGGCUCGCACCCCAUCCAAAGUAUCAGUGUUCGGCAAGCCGGCGUCUCAAGGACCUAAGGGCUUCAUGAGUCCUCUGCUCCUGCGCACACCCAUGAAAGCGACCCCGAACAAAGGCCCGCAAGAGAAAGCGAACGAAGAUAACGUAGCGGCGGCGAAGCCCCAGGAGACGCCGCUACUAGCUCGCACGCCGCUCAAGGGUGCCAUGUCGAACCCGGCGGAGGCCGAGGUGCAAGUUGCAAAAGCCGCAUCGUCUAUUCCCCUGCUCUCCCGUUCGCCAGCCAAGAUAGGGGUGUCGACGAGCGACGCAAGCGGGCAAAUCGAACAGAUGCGAGAUGGGGUGAAGCACGGUAGCGCGCUGAUGAACCGAUUUCAUUUGCUGCGAUCUUCUCCGAUGAAGUCUAUCCUACGAUCGCCACAGCGUUUGUACUCCAAUGAUCCCGCCAAGGUUGCGGCUGGCACUCAUCUCGCAUCGCCGGCGGGCAUGUCUGGCGCGAAGGACAAGCCAACGCCCGCGUCAGUCAAGGCGGCCGAGAAGCACGUGGAAUUUAGCUCCUCGACCAAGGCCGGCUACGAGCGUGGACGGGCUGGGAAGAGCAGUACAUCGUCGAAGAGCUCGACCCCGACACCCGACGUAUCAUCCGCAUCGCGCAACUCGGCCGUGGAUACUGCUACUUUGUACCCCGUCCUACCCACGAGCGACGCCGAGCAAACGAUCACCCCGCAGAAGCGUCGCCAAACAGCAGGCCCGGGCGACUUCACCUUCACCACUCACGGCAGCGGUAUUAUUUUUGGGCGAUCUCCAAAUGCUCCAGCAUCCGCUGCGGCGCUCAAGAUCCCCUCCACCAUCCGUCACAUUUCGUCGGAAGCUCCUUCCCCAGCUCCAGCGACGGGCAGCAAGAAGCGCAAAUUCGAGUUUGAGAACGAGCAAGCCGUGGAGGAGGAGAUGGUGCAUCAUCUAUCGGACAAGGAGAAUGGGGGCGAGGAGGAAGAGGCGCGUCCAGCGAAGCGUGCCAGGGUCAAUGCGCCUGCGCAGCCCGCUGUCAAGCCGGCCGUCAGGCGUCCCACGCUAGGGGUGAAGCCGAAGAAGAGCGUGAGAGAUGGAAAGGACAAGAAACCGACGACGAUUAGCAUGGCCAGGCUGAAUGCGCUCGCCCAGCCGAAGCGGAAGGUCUGA